GCGGGAACCUGCCGGAAGUCAACAAAGGCAAUUCAUUCGACUUUGUCAACAAAUGUGUGAAAGCCACUGAUCAUUUUCUCGAAUAGUUGGUGGCUCUAUUUUAUUAGAACUGCAAAACCAAUUAAUUCCAGGUUUAGUCAGCAAGAUGUUAGGUGAAGAGAUGGUAACAAAUGGGGGAGAUGGGCUCAAGAAGAAAAAAAUACAAGAUGAGAAUUCUGAGCACAUGGAAACCAAUGAUACUAAUGGACAUACCAAGGAAGAGAAUGGUAUUUGUGAAAAUGGUAACAAGAGCAAAACAGAGACAGAAGAUGUCAAUGGAAAGGAGACAAAUGAAUCUUGUAAAAAUGGAAGCAAAAUCGCAACAGAGAUAGAAGAUAUGGAUGACAGUGGAAAGGAGGCAAAUGGCACAUGUAAAAAUGGCAGCAAGAGUGAAAGUGAUGUUGAAGAAGUAAUGGAAGUUAAUGAAAUUGAGACAAAUGGACAUGCAAAAUCCACAAAGAAGAACAGAUCAAAAGAAAUCAAUGGAAAGACGAAAAAUGGAAAGGAAACCAAUGGUACGGCCAACAAUAAGAAAGGGAUUCAACCUAGCAUCACUUCAAUGUUCAUGAUGGCAUCCAAAAAGAGAAAGUCGGAUGCUGAAGAUACCAAGGUAAAAGAAGUAAAAGAUGAAAAUAAUGAUGAUGAAGAACAAGAGGAAACCAAAAGAGUGAAAAUUGAAGGUGAAGAAAAAGAAUCGGUGCCAGUAACAUUAAAAUCAACAACUAACACACCAACACCUAAGGUGGUCAAAUGUUGUCAGUGUCGACAAGACUUAAACUCAAAAGAUCUUGCUCUAUUUCAAGGAGAUGCAUCAGAAGCCCUACCUGAAGAAAUUGCAAUGUGUGAUCAGUCAUUAAUGUAUUUUGGAGAAGCACCAGAGGAUGAUAGCUUUUUUAGACCGAUGCAUAAACUAACUAAUUUUAGUGUCUAUGACAAACAGACACAUUUAUGUGCUUUUGAUACUGGGCUUGUGGAAAAGAAUGUCCACUUGAUGUUCAGUGGUGUCAUAAAACCUAUCUAUGAUGAAAAUCCUAGUCCUGAAGGGGGUGUAGCAGCUACUCAGAUGGGGCCAAUAAAUGAAUGGUGGACAGCCGGUUUUGAUGGUGGUGAAAAAGUUCUUGUUGGGAUUGGUUCUGCAUAUGCCGAUUAUAUUUUAAUGGAACCUAGUGAAGCAUAUUCUCAUCUGUGGAAUGGUUUACAAGAAAAGGUUCACAUGACAAAAGUAGUUAUUGAGUUCUUAUCUUCUAAUUUUGAUGCUACUUAUGAAGAUCUCUUAAAUAAGAUUCAUACCACAGUACCUCCUAAAGGAAUACCUAGCUUUUCUGAGGACUCCUUAUUGAGACACGCUCAGUUUGUUGUGGACCAGGUUCAGAGUUACGAUGAAGCUGCAGACUUUGAUGAAGAACUAGUUAUGACCACACCCUGUAUGAGAGCAUUGAUCAAGUUAGCUGGUGUCACACUUGGUAGAAGAAAGGCGAUGGGGAGGCAGCUCAAACCUAAAAAGGACAAAGAUAAACCAACCCAAAGUAAAGCUACCACCACUGCUUUGGUUGAAAGUAUUUUUGAUAGCAUGUUCAAUGGUCAGAUCGAUGAUAAAUCUAGUAAUGGUGGUGUCAAGAGAAGGCGUUGUGGAGUCUGUGCGGUAUGUCAGCAACCAGAUUGUGGUACAUGUACUGCAUGUAAUGACAUGAUAAAAUUUGGAGGAUCAGGUCGCUCUAAGCAAGCUUGUAAGCUAAGGAGAUGUCCUAAUAUGGCUCUAAAAGAUGCAGAAGAUGAUGCCGCUCUAGAAGAUGAAACUGAAUCCCCGGAAGAUUUCAAAGAGGAGGUUGUAAAGGAGUCUGUAAAACAUGUGCAUCAUAGGGGUGGAAAAAUUGCUGUGAAGAAAAUUAAUUGGAUUGGUGAAGAAAUUGCUACUGAAGGAAGGAAAAAAUUCUAUAAAGCUGUAAACAUUGACGGACAAGAAAUAACUAUUGGUGACAAUGUGGGUGUCAAACCUGAAGAUCCAUCUAUUCCAUUUUACAUAGCACAAGUUACCUCCAUGUGGGAGAACAGCGCAAAGGAAAAACUCUUCCAUGCUGACUGGUUCUGUAGAGGUACUGAUACAGUAUUAGGGGAAGCAAGUGAUCCAUUGGAACUUUUCUUGGUAGAUGACUGUGAGGAUUCCAAUCUUGCUUUUGUAACAUCCAAAGUUACUAUUAUUUACAAAGAGCCUGCCAAAGACUGGAGAAUGCAAGGUGGAGCAUUAGAUCCAGACAGUGAUUUAGUAAUAACAAAUGAUGAUGGGAAAACAUUUUUCUACCAGAAAUGGUAUAAUCCUGAUUUCGUAAGAUUUGAAGACCCUCCACAGAAACCCAUUGUACCAGAAAGUCAGUCACAUAAAUUUUGUCUAAGCUGUCAGCGUCUUGAAGAUCUUAGAAAGAAUGAAACCCCAGUUUUAGGCGAUACAGUUGAAGUAGAAAAUGGGAGCUCCGGAAAGGUUUACUACAAAGAUGUUCAAAGAGAUGGACUCAAAUACUCUGUUGGUGACUGCUGCUAUGUUUCUCCAGAAGCUUUUGAUUUCAGUGUUAAACCAGCUGUCAAAAAGGCAUCAGUUAGCAAGCGCAAGGUAGAUGAACUUCUUUAUCCAGAAGCAUAUAGAAAAUCCAGCGACUACAUCAAAGGUUCCAAUACACAAUGUCCUGAUCCCUUCAGAGUUGUUCAGAUCAUAGAAAUAUGCUGUAAAAACUCUUCCGGUAGCAAAGUUGUAAAUGUUGCUGAGAUACGAAUGAAGAUACGUAAAUUUUAUAGACCUGAAAAUACCCACAAAGGAGCUGCUUUUGGUUAUCAUUCGGAUUUCAACAUGUUGUUCUGGAGUGAAGAGUUUUGUACCAUUGAUUUCCAGAAUGUUCAUGGAAAAUGUACAGUGGUUUAUAGUGAAAACCUUCAGAUGGACAUUCAAGAAUUCUUUCACAGAGUUGAAGAUGGUUUUUAUUUUACUGAAAUGUAUGAUUCUGAAAAGAGGGAAUUUGAAGAACCUCCAUCUGCAGCUAGAUUGCUUGGCAGUAAAGGUAAAGGCAAAGGAAAGGGCAAAGGCAAGGGCAAAUCAAAAGCAAAGGAUGAACCAGUAGAAGAGAGUAGUGAAGUUCCAUUUAAAAAACUGCAGAUGUUGGAUAUCUUUGCUGGUUGUGGUGGACUGUCUGAAGGUUUCCAUCAAGCGGGUGUUGCUGAGUCGAAAUGGGCAAUCGAAAUAGUUGAACCUGCGGCUCAAGCUUUCCGACUCAACAACCCAGGAUCAACUGUCUUCAGUCAAGAUUGUAAUUUCUUGUUAAGGAAAGCCUUGGAUGGAGAGAAAACAGAUGAAUUAGGACAACUCCUACCUCAGAAGGGACAAGUUGAUCUACUGUGUGGUGGUCCUCCAUGCCAAGGAUUCAGUGGAAUGAACAGAUUCAACUCAAGGGAAUAUUCCAAAUUUAAAAACUCACUGAUUGCUUCUUACCUCAGUUUUUGCGACUUUUAUAGGCCUAGGUUCUUCCUCUUAGAGAAUGUAAGAAAUUUUGUUUCUUUCAAACGAAGUAUGGUAUUAAAACUUGCCCUGAGAUGUCUGAUUAGAAUGGGUUAUCAAUGCACAUUUGGUGUACUUCAGGCAGGAUGUUAUGGUGUCUCACAAACACGAAGAAGAGCUAUCAUCUUAGCAGCAGCUCCAGGAGAGAAAUUACCAUUCUAUCCAGAACCUCUAUACACAUUUGCACCCCGUGCAAUGCAACUUUCUGUAACUAUUGAUGACAAAAGAUUUACUUCCAACAUUACUCGAACAACUCAUGCACCCUAUAGAACUGUAACAGUACGUGAUUGUAUGUCUGAUUUACCAGAAAUCAGAAACGGUGCAAAAUCUGAAGAAAUCUCCUAUAAAGAUGAUGCUCAAACUCAUUACCAGAAGAUCAUUCGUGGGAAACAGCACCAGCCUAUUCUCAGGGAUCACAUAUGUAAAGAUAUGAGUGCUCUUGUGCAUGCCAGAAUGCAGUAUAUUCCUCUAGCCCCAGGCUCUGAUUGGAGAGACCUCCCGAACAUUGAAGUGCGCCUUUCAGACGGAACUAUGUCCAGUAAGCUGAAAUACAGCCAUAAUGAUAAGAAGAAUGGCCGUGGUAUUGAUGGGGAGAAACGUGGUGUUUGCUCUUGUGCUGAAGGUAAAACAUGUGAUUCUGAACAUCGACAGUUUAAUACUUUAAUUCCUUGGUGUUUACCCCACACUGGUAACAGACAUAAUCAUUGGGCUGGUUUAUAUGGACGAUUAGCAUGGGAUGGUUUCUUUAGUACAACUGUUACUAACCCUGAGCCAAUGGGAAAACAAGGUAGAGUGCUUCAUCCAGAACAACACAGGGUUGUCAGUGUUAGGGAGUGUGCAAGAUCACAGGGAUUCCCAGAUACAUAUAGAUUCUUUGGUAAUAUUCUGGACAAGCACCGACAAGUUGGUAAUGCUGUACCACCUCCUAUGGCGAAAGAAAUUGGUAAUGAAAUAAAGAAAUGUGUGAUCUAUAAAGCUAAGGAAGAAGGAGCUGAACCGGUUACGGUGACCAAGGCGGAGGUCGAGGAUGAAACUCCUCCUGAAAUUAAAGAAGAAAUUGUCGCUGGAUCAAGUCAUUAGUCCACUCACAAAUCUACAAUAAGUUUUAUUAAACACCAACUCGAACUACUGUUCUCCUUCCAAUUAUUUUUUAUCGUUAGUGCAAAUGUGAUCUUUUGUAUGAUGCGACCUUUAAUGUGCUUGAUCUUUGAAAGAGUUUACUCACUGUGUAAUUUUGAUGUUUGAGAUCUGACUAGUGCUUAAAAAGGUCUUAAACUUUUAAGAUAAAAAGUUAAUUUAGCCAAACCCAUAAAGACAUAACCUUUGAUUAUAUCAAGUGAUUAUGAUUACAGUAAUUGUGACAAGUCAAAUCAUAUGAGUUAUAUUGAAAAAAUUAAAUUUUUAAAUGUCCACAAUGGUGCUUGUGGGUGUGAUGUUUGAUAUUUAAAUAUUUUAUGAAUCAGAUAGCAAUAGAAUCAUACAGCAUAAACCAUUACAUUUUAUGACAAUGUUAUUUUUAUAUAUUUGUAUAGUGCUAAUAGAUUUAAUAGACAUUAUAUAUGUUGAAAAUUGAAAUAAUAUAUCUUGAAAUGAUUUUAUCCUACACAAAAAAAUACAAAAAGAUGCUUUUAUUUCUAUGAUGUUAAGAAUGCCAUUAGUAACUAUAAUCAUUGAUUCAAAGGAUUAAAUAAUUGACACUUCCGGUUAGAAUAGACUUUAAUGUCUUGAAUCUACUAGGUUUCAUUCUGAUGUUGAUAAAUGUCAAGUACCAAUGGUUGAGAUUGGAAUGCUGGGCAUUUCUUCCAACUAGCUCACAAUUUAUUACAUUGCAUGUUGUUGAGUGGAAUUACCAAAUUGAAAAUUGUAAGCUACAGUUGUAUAUGUGUAAAGAAAUUGAAAAGUUAUGGAUUUCAGAUGUUAAUUCACAUUUGCCAGUACAUGUACUCAUUUAGUAGAAAUUAAUAAGCAAAUGAUAUCAAACCUUAUUGCAAGAAGAAAUUCCUUUGGCAUUAUCUAUGAUUGAUUUUGAUUAAACCAGUUCAUUUUAGCUUAAGUUUUGCAACCAUUGCAUUGUUAUUUAAUAAUAACAAAUCAGAUAGUUAAUCAACACUCAAUUGAAGAUAUAAAUGAGGAUUGGAUUUAUAUAAAAUGGGAAUGUUUUCUGAAUAUUUAAAUUAAUUUGACGACUGAUUUGGGUUAUUUUUUAAAUCCAUGCUUUAAUUUAAUUGUCAUGCAUAAUUAAUUGUUUAUAUAAAAUAUCAACUAAUCAAAUAAAAUUGUUAAAUCAAAUAAAAUGUACAGAAUAUAUUUGGAGCAGCAAUUUAAAAAUUUUUUCAAUUUUUUUUCAAUUUUUAGCUAAGCUGUCUGAUUUGCAUAGAAAUAUAUACAGAGUUAGGUCGGCUAAAUCUUAUUACAAUUUGUGCAUACGUAUUCAAGAUAAAUGUUAAUGAUAAAUUGAUUAAAUCUGUUUACCGAGUUGCUCUUUCAUACUAAAGUGUUUUAUCUUUCAUUUUCAAACCUCCAUCAAUAUUUCAUUUGAUUGUAUAUAUGCCUUAUUCAUUCAUAUAUUAUGUUUA